CACCCGCUGCCUCCAUGUUGUUCAGGAAGUGAAAAGGGAUACUGUACAGAACUCUGACAGUAAUCUCGCUGGCGCUUAUCAUAAUUAAGCAGCUCUAUCUCCGAUCGAUCUCACUCAUUUUAACGUUUUUGUGACACAACACAACCUGCAGCCGGUUCCACUGCUUGCCGAUUUCGUGGGGGGCUACUGAUCGUUUGGGAUCACAAGUUAUGACUUCCCUCACAAAGAGAACUUCAGGCCUGGUGCAGCGGAAGACCGAGGCGCAUCGUAAUGCCGAGAAGGAGCGAGGGUCCGACGAAGAGGAGGACGAAGCUCGUCGCGUGGACGACGAAGAAGACGACAAGGGGGACGCGAAAGACACCCGACUCACACUAAUGGAAGAAGUAUUGCUCCUGGGCCUCAAAGACCGAGAGGGUUACACGUCCUUCUGGAAUGACUGCAUCUCCUCGGGUCUGCGAGGCUGCAUGCUGAUCGAGCUGGCCUUGAGGGGACGACUGCAGCUAGAAGCGUGUGGAAUGAGGAGAAAGAGUCUGCUUGCAAGGAAGGUCAUCUGUAAAUCAGACGCCCCGACCGGAGACAUGUUACUGGACGAAGCCCUAAAACACAUUAAAGACACACAGCCACCAGAGACUGUACAGAGCUGGAUAGAGCUGUUGAGCGGAGAGACAUGGAAUCCUCUGAAGCUGCACUACCAGCUGAGGAACGUGAGGGAACGUCUGGCCAAGAACCUGGUGGAGAAAGGGGUUCUCACCACAGAGAAACAGAACUUCCUGCUGUUCGACAUGACGACGCAUCCGCUUACAAACAACACACUCAAGCAGCGACUGGUGAAGAAGGUGCAGGAGUCGGUGUUGGAGAAGUGGGUGAACGAUCCGCAGCGCAUGGACCGGAGGGUGCUGGCCCUAAUUCUCCUGGCCCACUCCUCGGACGUGCUGGAGAACGCCUUCGCCCCGCUGCCGGACGAGCAGUUUGACCUGGGCAUGACGCGAGUGCGCGGCCUCUUGGAGCUGGAGCCCGAGACGGAAAGCGCCAAGCCCAACGCCAAUGAGUUGAUGUGGGCCGUGGUGGCGGCGUUCACAAAAUGAAAAAAAAUCGCAGGAUCUCGUGUAUAGUAAUAAUAAUAAUAACGAUCAUGAUAAUAAUGUUGAUAAUACUAUUCUAUCGGUGGGCAGAGUUCACUAACUUGAGGACCAUCGGUUGGGUUGGAUGGGCUGCUGUUUUUGUAGAAGCCGUCGGCGAUGUUAGAGACCUACUGUAGGAUCUUUCGUUUCUUUUGGUGGCGGGAAACAACCGUGAGUGUUUUUGGGGGAGGGGGGGGGGGGCAGGAGGUGGCUGCUUCAGCGCUGUGGGGUCUGAGGUCUGUGUUGGAGGACAUUGGACAUAAUGAAUGAAUGAAUGAAUUCCGACACGGGUCUCUGAGCCCCACAGUAAGCUGGCGAUGACCGUAGGGGGGGGGGGAUCGCAACCCACA